CACCAUCAACAAGAUGGCGGACCACACACCUGUUAGGAAUAAUUGUUGACAGAAAUAUUUUUCAUAAAUUUUAUGGGAUAUUACAAUCUUAUAAAGCGAAAUGGCGAUAUAUAUGCCACCCCUUUGUCGGAAGAAGAGGGUUCUUGAAAGAUAUAAUCCAGAUACAUUCAGAGUAAUCAGCCAGUUUGCAGAAGAUGAACACCUUAAGCAUGAAUUUGAAGAAUCAAACAAACCAUCAGAAUGGAGAAAGAUAUGGCUAGAAAAUCAGGGACUUGCCUUACCUGAUAUUUACAACAGAAAGACAGAGGUCCUGCCACAGGUUGCACCUGAUUUUAGGAUAAAUCGACCACAUCCAGGCUCAUGUGGCUUUCUCAGGCACAAUGUACGGUCACUGAAUGAGCCCAUUUGUAGUGUGUAUACAGAAAUCACAAAGGAUGAACAGAAUCAGUGGUGGCCAUCUCGUAUUUCAAAUGAACCUCUGCAGGUACCACCCAGAACAAAUGACACCAUUUACAGAGGUGACUUUCUUGAGAGGGAGAGACCAACUGGUUCAGCAUUUGGUUCAUUAAGACAUACUUCAAAUCCUAACAAAGAGCCUGCUUUAGGAGCAGUACCUGUAAACUUCUUAAGACCAGUGAGUGGGAAACAAAGGCUUUACAAAGAAAAGAUAUCAUAUGAACACCAGUACAAUAGCCGUAAUAAUACAAAUUAUCCAAUUAGAGGAAAGCGCCAUGGUUCUUUUGUCUGGGAUCAGAUGUCAAAACAGCGGGCCAAACAGUUUGUUGACCACUACAGUGUAAUAUCAUCUGAAGAAGGUGUACACCGACAAGAGAUAAUGGAAGCCAACAGACUGGCUACAGAGGCAGCAAAACUGUUAGAGGAUACAAACAUUGUUGAUGCUACACCUCUGGAUACCCAGCCAGUUCCAGCUGAACCCCAGCAGGCAGAGGAUAACUGUAUAUAUUUACAGGAAACUACUGCUUCUAGGAAAAAUUCUGGGCAGAGUUCUGAAAAGAAAGCAUCUUCAAGAAAAGCAUCCAUAUCAAAUGGCAAGCCAAAUGUGGAAUCUGGAUCUGUAGAAAAUGAUCUGAAAGAGGGACCAUGUAUAGAGACAAAUGCUAAGGAAGAAUAAACUAGCUAAAAGAUAAACAAAAUAUUAUUUUAAAAAAUCUGUUCCUCAUUUAUAAAUUUAAUAUUUUUAAGAAGCUUCUUGGAAGUUGUGAGAAUGUUAAGUACAUGUAUUAAAGUGUAGCAUGCUUUUUUUUGCUUGAACUUCAGUUUUAUAAAAACGACUUCCAUUUUAUAGAGCGUUAUCAGUUUUAAUCCUCAUUCAUUUUAGUCUGCUUCUAAGUCUUUCUUUUUAAAUUACCUUUAACGAUGCUUAAAUUGUGAUAAUAAUGCAGUGAAUUUGUGCAUUUAAAAGUGUACUUAUCGUAGCUAUGUUGGUCUUGGGUAACCAUCAUGUGCCUUUCUUUUUUAUUUUUGUAUUUCAUUCGUGCAAUAUAGCACUUCUAGAACAUUGUUGCAUGUGAGCAUUUUAUGUUAAUACUGAAAUAAAGUGUUACUGUAAGAUAUGCAAGUAUGUUGAAAAUUUGAGAUCAAGAAAUUCGUAAGUUCCAGAAAGUAUAUUUUUCUGUAUGGAACCAAUUCACAUCUUAUAUUGUUAUCCUGUUAUAAAUUUCAAGUGUCAAACUGUUCCUUCUAGACAUCAAGCUGUGCCAACUUUUCUAUAUAAUUAUUAAGCAUUUACUCCUAUUCAGCAUUACAGUUAACUGAUUAUUUGCAUAUAUGUAUGGAACAAGUGUUGCUAGGUAACCAGCCAAAUUUUUCUAAUAGGGCAAACAUUAAGCAAAAUUUCCAAAUCAGAUUUUUUUUUAUCCAGCCAUUAAACUUUUUUUUUUACUUUUCUGUAGUUUUUUCUUUACAACUCUUAAGAUUUAAAAAAACAACUUUGAAAAUCUAUACAGCAAGUUUGUUACUGUCUUGGCAUUUUUUGUGUGCAUUUCAAAGUAUUUCUUAUUCAUGGAACACUGAUAAAUGUUGGCCCUAGCAUUUUAUAAAUAAUUAUUAUUAUCAUUGUAUGUAUUAUCAAUAUUGUACACCUAUCUGUGAUGCAAUGGCAUUUUUCUAUGUACUGUCCAUUCACCAAAUGUGUAGUCAGUCUUUAAAAGUUGUAUAGUCAGAUUACAUUAUUUAAAUCCCUUUUAUACUUCAUGUAUUUGAUACUCGUAAAUUGCAGUACAACAGUCUUAAAUGUGGUCUGUACUUACAAACAGUUCACUUUUGAUAAUAUUUAAUUUUAGAUACUUUUUUAUAAAAGAUAUCAAGUAAAGAAAAACGAGAAAUAAAACACGAUAAUCUUUCAACUGGUAAGGUUAGAGUUAAUGUUUCUUGCAGGCCAAACAGGAUUUUCCUGUGUUUUUUUGCUGGUGCUGGAAAAACUCGUCUUACACCCCGGCAUACAUUCGUAGCAUUUUAUUUCUUCUAUGAAUUGAAGAAUAUGGUAUGCAAGAAAAUGUAUCUAUCUCUAGUUGAAGGUGCUGGUGGAAAUAUCUGGCUCUCAGAGCCCUGUUACUGCCAAAACAGUUACCUCAAGCAAGUUAUUUCCACCGAACCCUUCAACUAGUGAAAGAUUCUUACAGUAUUUAGAGUAUAUACUAGUAGCUGUGCUGCAAUAUCACCAUCUCUUGCAUAAUAUCUUGUAUGGAUAUAAGUAAGCUCAAAAGUAUUUGUUGAUAUUUUGUUGUUGCUUCUGUAUUUAUUUCAAGUUCUGAUUAUCUACUUUUGUUUCACCAUUAUGUUUAAAUGUUCUUCACAGGAAAGUCCCAACGUGUUGUCAUGUACAUUGUAUAUGUUAACAGAUAGAAGUAAUAAAUAUAAAAACAGUUUUAUCACUGACUUCUAAUCAGUAUAGUAAGUAUUGUCAAUCUUUUUUAUUUUUCGAUCAUUUACAGUCUUUUGUAAUACAUAAAUUUUAAAUUAAAUUGGUACCGGUACAUGUAUUUUGAGAAAGAAGUUUUAUGCUUUCAUGUUGUUUUUUUAAUAUCACAUUUUGUAUAAUUUUACUACAGUUGCUUAUUACACGACAAGACUAUCUUGAAAAUGCAAGACCAGAACAUAAGCCUUAGAGAUAAUCAGUAUUAAGUGUUCAAUGUUAUUUUACUUUUUAUAUCAUUCUCUUAGACCACUGUAAAAUAAUUUCUGGGUUUUCUCCAUAUUGCCUUCUGUCUACAUGUAAUUUGCAGCUGAAAAUUAGAAUUAAAACUCAAUUUCAAAUGUGAAAUCACUAAUUAUUUUACAGUGGCCUUCUUUUAACUUGCUAUUUAAAUGUCUUUACAGCUAUAUUCAGAAUAUAUUCCUAUUUACAUGUUAGUAUAUUGAUAACUGUCCUGUGAUAUAAUCAUCCUGAAAUAAAUUUAUUUUCUUUCCCUUAA